GCUGCAUUCUGUUUACUGUAGGCCAGCCCACGAGCAAGGGAGGUGAGUUGGACUCCACCUCUUAUUGGCAGAGCGUCACAGCCAUGUUAUAGGAGACCAUGUGGGAUAAGAGAUAGGGCUGUGGCCAUCUUUGCAGAAUACAGCCUACUACUCUGAAAAACUAGCCACAUUCAGACAAAAAAAGAGAAAGAGCUUUGGAAGGAAGCCUCCAAACUUCUUUGGCAACGGUGGGCUGGACCUAAGCGCUCUACUUCCUGUGUCCCCUGGGGGCUGCCAGGAGCCAUGUUCAUCUUGUACACGUUCAUGAUGAGUGUUUUUGCCUUUGCCAUUCAGCCAGAGGCGCACACAGGACACUGCCCAUAUCGUGGCAAGCAUUUCAAAGUGGAAUUCAGGCUGGAAGGGGAGCUGGUGGUCCUAAGGUGCCCCCAGAUGUGGUCCUGGGCAGGGAUUUCUGUCGACCCCCACGUCAACCUGACCUGGCGUAGAAACGGUUCUGCUCAGCUGGUUCCGGCAGAAGAGGCACGGAUGCGGGUGGAGGACGGCAAGCUCUGGCUCCUGCCUGCCUUGCAGAGCGACUCUGGAACCUACAUCUGCACUGUCAGAAACGCCUCCUACUGUGGUGAAAUGUCCACGGAGCUCAGGGUUUUUGAAAACACGGAAGCAUCCCUGCCGUUCAUCUCCUACCCACAGAUUCUAACCUUGUCAACUUCUGGGAGAUUAGUGUGCCCUGAUUUAGGGGAAUUCGCCCGUAACAAAACUGAUGUGAAGAUUCAAUGGUACAAGGAUUCUGUCCUUUUGGAUCAAGACAAUAAGAAAUUUAUAAGUGUGACAGGGACAUCUCACUUAGUCAUCCAGGAUGUGGCCAUGGAGGAUGCGGGCUACUACAUGUGUGCCUUCACAUUUUCCCAUGGAGGAAAGCAGUACAACGUCACUAGGAAUAUUGAACUGCGUAUCAAGCAAAGAAUAGAAGAGACCAUUCCCGUGAUUAUCUCCCCCCGCCAGACCAUAUCAGCUUCUCUGGGGUCAAGACUGACAAUCCCAUGUAAGGUGUUUCUGGGAGCUGGCACACCCUUGAGCACCAUGCUGUGGUGGAAGGCCAACAACACCCAUGUGGACAGCGCCUACCAGGGGGGCCGUGUGACCGAGGGACCACGCCAGGAAUAUUCCGAAAAUAAUGAGAACUACAUCGAAGUGCCAUUGAUUUUCAAUCCAGUCACCAGAGAAGAUCUGAACACGGAUUUUAAGUGUGUGGUCCGGAAUACGUUGAGUGUUCAGACACUACACACCACAGUCAGAGAAGCCUCUUCCUCGUUCUCCUGGGAGAUUGCACUGGCCCCCCUGACGCUGGUCUUCUUGGUGUUGGGGGGACUAUGGAUGCACAGGCGGUGCAAACGCAGAGCUGGAAAAGCAUAUGGUCUGACUAUGCUGAAGACUGGCUGCCAAGAAUUUCCAGCCUACCCAAGUACAAUAAAGGAAAUGAUUUAAUGCCAACAGGAACCAUAUCCUGUCUUAUGGAAGUGCUGUGCCUUUCUGAUGGCUCCUGCUUUUCCUCAGCUGUUUAACAGAGCCACUGUCAACGGUGGGUUUGAGUAGGCGGCUGAAGUCUUAGGUUCCAUUAUUUUUCUUGCAAUCAACAGCAGGAGCAAAUGUGCACGUGAGUCUGAGCCUGAGGAAUUCUCUACCACUUGAGAUCUCUUGAAAAGAAUGAGAUACCCUUGGGCCUGACUCCCCGUGGCAAACAUCUGAAAUGAGUUUUGAAACUCAUUCACGCAUUCAAAUUUAUUUUGGCUAGGCUCUAGGAGAUGUUGUAGAAACGGAGAAGGGUAAGAUGUAGUUUGCCUUUCAGGAAGACAGAAUUUCAUUUUGAGCCCGGAAAAGAUGAUUUAGAAAUGCCAAAGUGUAAGAAGCAAUGAGAGUUGCUGAUUUUUUUUGAAAUGGUGAUCCGAAGGAUAAUAAUUAAUAUAGAAUGGAUUGGGCAGUUAGCCUGAUGGCUAAGAGGCUUGUUGAGAUGCCGGGACUUGCUUCUCGACGCUUGUUCCUGACUUCUGCUUACUUCUGAGGCAUACCUGGGAGGCAGCAGUGAUGGCUCAAGUGACUGGGCCCCUGCUGCCCAUGAGGGAGAACCAGAUGGAGUUUCAGGCUCCUUGAUUCUACCCCAACAGAGCCCCAGCUCUUGUGGGCAUUUGGGGGAAUGAAGAGCAGAUGGGAGCUUUCUCUAUCUGUCCUCUCCCUCUCAAAUAAGUAAAUAAAUAAAUAGAUUAAGAAA